AUACGACGGAUAUAUAUUUUUUUAACUACCCCUUUAGCUAGCUAGCUUAACCGAAGGCAAUUGUUUUGUAUUCAAAAUUAUUAGCGAUACUUGCUUUAUUAUAGCUUGCUGGGUGCUUCAUAUUGUAAAGCUACUCACUCUCUCGUCAUCAUGGACGAGGAAUAUUACGAAAGGAAUAUUGGAGACUGGGAUGGUCCGGAUGGCAAUCAGGACGACUAUGUUGAGGGGGAGAACGAUGGGAAAGUUCAGGAGGACUGCCUACAGAAGUUCUCCAGCAGAGAUUACAUCAUGGAGCCUGCUGUCUUCAACACCCUCAAAACAUAUUUCCAGGCUGGUGGCUCCCCUGAACAUGUCAUCCAGCUCCUGUCAGAGAACUACUCUGCCGUGGCACAGACUGUCAACCUGCUGGCAGAGUGGCUCAUCCAGAUGGGUGUAGAGCCUGCUCAGGUGCAGGAGCGGGUAGAGAAUCACUUGAAAAGUCUCCUGAUCAAGCACUUUGACCCCCAGAAGGCAGACUCCAUUUUUACUGUAGAGGGAGAGACUCCUGCCUGGCUGGAACAGAUGAUCGCCCACACCACCUGGAGAGACCUUUUCUACAAGCUGGCCGAGGCCCACCCUGACUGUCUGAUGCUCAACUUCACUGUCAAACUCAUCUCAGAUGCAGGCUACCAGGGGGAGAUCACCAGUGUGUCGACGGCGUGCCAGCAGCUGGAGGUGUUCUCCAGGGUCCUAAGGACCUCUCUGGCCACGCUGCUGGAUGGAGGAGAGGACAACCUAGAGAAGAACCUGCCAGAAUUCGCUAAGAUGGUGUGUCACGGGGAGCACACAUACCUGUUUGCCCAGGCCAUGAUGUCCAUCAUGUCUCAGGAGGAGCAGGGGGGGUCGGCAAUGCGCAGGAUCGGCCAGGAAGUACAGAAGUCUGCACAUCAGAGGGGCCAUGAUGCCAGUCAGAUCACUCUGGCAUUGGGCACAGCAGCAGCCUACCCUCGAGCCUGCCAGGCCCUGGGUGCAAUGCUGUCCAAAGGAGCACUCAACCCUGCCGACAUCACUGUGCUCUUCAAGAUGUUCAGCAGCAUGGACCCACCUCCCGUAGAGCUGAUCCGAGUGCCUGCGUUCCUCGACCUGUUCAUGCAGUCGCUGUUCAAGCCGGGCUCAAAGAUCAACCAGGACCAUAAACACAAAUACAUUCACAUCCUGGCCUAUGCUGCCAGUGUGGUUGAAACAUGGAAAAAGAACAAGCGAGUGAACAUCAACAAGGACGAGCUCAAAUCCACCUCCAAGGCCAUUGAGACGGUCCAUAACCUGUGUUGCAAUGAGAAUAAAGGAGCCACAGAACUGGUGGCUGAGCUCAGCACCCUGUACCAGUGCAUCCGGUUCCCAGUUGUUGCCAUGGGGGUACUGAAGUGGGUUGAUUGGACUGUCUCUGAGCCCCGCUACUUCCAGCUCCAGACAGACCACACCCCUGUCCACCUGGCACUUCUGGACGAGAUCAGCACCUGUCACCAGCUUCUGCACCCACAGGUCCUCCAUUUACUGAUCAAGCUCUUUGAGACCGAACACUCCCAGCUCGAUGUCAUGGAGCAGAUGGAGCUGAAGAAGACCCUGUUGGACCGUAUGGUCCAUUUGCUGAGUCGAGGCUACGUGCUGCCUGUGGUCGGAUACAUCCGCAAGUGCCUGGAGAAGCUCAACACAGACAUCUCUCUCAUCCGCUACUUUGUAACGGAGGUGUUGGAUGUGAUUGCCCCUCCGUACACUUCAGACUUUGUCCAGCUGUUCCUGCCCAUCCUGGAGAACGACAGUAUCGCUGGCACAAUACGCACAGAGGGAGAACACGAUCCUGUUGCUGAGUUUAUAGCUCACUGCAAAUCCAACUUCAUCAUGAUGAACUGAGAAUGAUGCUGGUGGGUCCACCUUGGAUGAGGAUGUAGUGGGAAUAACAGGGAGGGGCAGAAGGCGUGACCUCGGUUAUGAGCCAAUCAUACCUUGACGUGUUCUGCUGUGGACUGGUGGACGAGGAAUAGAAAAAUUGAGGCAGACCAUUUGCUUAUAGACUGACCUGCGAUUUUGCGUUCUCUUCAAAUGUGGCGUAAACACAUGACUUAGAGAAUUAAAAGGAUGUAGUAGUGUAUCAUUGCUUAUCACAGUUAAUAAGGGUCUGGAGGUUUGAGGAUAACUUGUUUUACAGUGCAGCUCCAUCAUUGGUUUCACUGUAGUUUCCAUUGGUAUGUGCCAAGGUCCAUUUUCUGUUGCAGUGUCUUUUGAUUUUUAUAAAUGUUAAUUGAAAAGGUUGGCCUUUUUCCUAGUUCCCCUUUUCAAUUUGUCAAGAAUCUUGACACAUCUUGGUUUUAUUAGUUUUUCGCACCUAGCAACAGUUAAUUGUAGAUCACCAGUAUUUAUAGGACAAGACAAUGAGUUACAAUCAUCCACCAUGCUGCAUCGUUUCCAACUGGCCUGGAUUCAAACACAUUGCACAAUUUCUGACAUUAGCAUGAAACACCUUGGUUGAAGACAAGCGUAAAUUACUUUGAGAUUUCAGUGCCAACUGAUUGUAUUUUGGAUAUUGAAAUGCAUAAAUUUAACUGAAUGAUUUAUAAGGGAGUCACAAAAACCACCAUUUGGCCCCCAUAAGAAUACAGUUGAAAUGCCUUAAGGAUAGCUUUUCCACUCCCUAAUAAAACUUGCGACUGACUGGGUUUGAACCAGGUCUCCUGCAUGUCAAGGCUAAGCCCAGAAGUCUCAAGCAAGGUUACUCGUCAAACCAUCUCACAUUACAGCACCAAUAGAACUGACUGGGUUUUUAUUCAGGCCUACUUGCACAACACUAUGGCAAACAAGCAGAAGGAUCUGUGCAACAGAGGUGAUGAAUGCAUGUGAUGAACAACCUUGCCUGAGAAGUCAGUUUAAUUGGAGUUCUAACUCAGGUCUCCUGUGUGCCAGACAAUGCAACUGUUCAGGUCUCCGACCAUUUAUUAGAUGGUGUCGUCACACGACCAAUGCCUAGGCUUUGGCUAAACCCAGUCACAUGUUACCUUUGCCGGAGCUUUUAAAUGAACACGUCGUCGGGUCUCAGGCAAGGUUCUUGUCACAAAAUCACGCUCUUUUGACGAGUAACCUUGCUGGAUCUUGAAGACUUGUUUUGCAUGUGGGUAGUCUAAAGUGUCGCCCCUUGCGCAAUUAAAGUUUAAUCAGCGUGAUGUCCUUUACAAUGGUGCCACUGGACUCAUCUACAGUUGCACUGGUUCAACCAAUUGGGGGUCGCUGUGGAGUGAGGUAGCAGAUGUGGAUUUGUGAAACUCACUCAGCCUAAAUUGUCACCCCUUAAUCAAUUGAAGAAUGCCACUUUCAAUAGCACGGUGGGCUACAAUAUUUCAGGAGGGUGGUGACGUGUGUUGUGAAGCAGAUUUUCUGAGUUAGUCUCUGUAUAAGCUGAAUCUGUCAUUUAAAUUAACUUGUCCCUAUAGGCUUUAUCUAAGUGUGCUAACAGUGUCGUGACAUGCAGGAGACCUGGUUCGAACCCAGUCAGUUGCAAGAUUAAAUAGGGAGUCGAAAGGCUAUCCAACUACUCUUAUGGAGGCCAAAUUGCAGUUGACACUCCCUUCUGACACAACCUGUGAUCAGAACGCACGGCCAUGGUCGAGAGUCUUAGCUUUCUGGAAUGGGGUCAAUAGCCUGAACGGUUCAAAUUCUUAAGAAAAUACAAUCAACAUGCCACAUUAGUUUCAGAAACAUCUAAUUUUGCUCCAGGCUGUCUCUGGUUUUGAAUCUGAAAUGAAUGCAAUAGCUUCCAUAUUGAAACUCAAAUUUAAUUACAUUUUAAAAACAAUAGACCCAGCUUAAAAAAUGUUACUUGAAUCAUUGACUUAAAUCAAGAAAUACAACUUGUACAUUCAAACGUAGACAUUUAAAUAAACUCUGUUAGCACUGAAAUCACACAAGUCAGUGCCUUACCGAGUUAAUUAUCAUAGAACAAAAGACAUAUGGCAUCAGAAUUGAUGAAGGCUACCACUGCAAACAUUGACAGCAUCAAUUUGUUUUCUGGCAUUGAUCUUUGGCUAAUUGUGCACAUCUGCAGUCGUACUUGUUCCCAAGGCAAAGCACAAUGUUUUGUUGCCACAUUAAGAAAAAAACUGAAUGUAUUCCCUUUUCCUGAUUUUACGGUGUUAAAAUGUCGAUGUAGCCUGAGAUUGUCAUAGAAAACUGUAGAUAUGCAUAGAA